GGUUUCCACAUCCUUUUUGGAAGGGCUCACUUUGCAACUCGCACCAUGGCCGACAGCUCGCGCCCCGUGACCCUCCUGCGCCGCGACUCGCGCCUCACGGUCGACAACCUCCUCAAGGAAGCCUUCGCCAAGGUCGACGUGCAUGGCACGGGCGUCGUCGCCACGGCCGACAUUGCCGAGGGCCUCAAGAAGGCCGGCGUCCGCCUCUCGGCCGACGAGGCGGCCGCGCUCGUCGAGAAGCUCGACCCGCGCCACGCUGGCAAAGUCACGUUCGCCGACUUUCACGCCGUGCAUGAGAACUUUAUCCACCAGAUCUUCCAGUCGUUCGACGUGCAGAAGAAGGGCUUCCUCGACGAGGCCGCGCUCCAGGAGGCCAUGGUCAAGAUGGGCAUCCAAGUCACGAUCGCCGAGGCGACGACGAUGAUCAAGGAGCUCCAUCCCAAGGAUGCGUCCAAGAUCACGGAAGAUGACUUCAAGCACCUCUACCUCCUCAUGCGCGCGACCAUGGUCGCCAACCCCAACUUGGAGGCGCUCAUGUGGGACCCGGAUGUCCGCGAGUUCUCCAAGCAGUGGUGGAAGGCCAGCGUCGAAGUCGGCGAGGGCGGUCUCCGCGCGCCGAUCCCGACGCAGAACGACGCGCCCAAGAAGGUGUCGCCGACCGUCAAGUUUUGCGCUGGCGCCAUGUCGGGUGUGAUCGAGGCCGUCAUCUUGACGCCGCUCGAUGUCGCCAAGACGCGCCUCCAGCUCGACAAGACGGGCCAGUACAAGGGCAUGGUCGACUGCGGCAAGCAGCUCUGGCGCGCCGAGGGCCCCAAGGCCCUCUACAAGGGCUUUACGCCCUGGACGAUCCACGUCGUCGCCAAGAACGGCACGCGCUUCUACUUCAACGCGAUCUACCGCAAGCUCCUCGCCGACCAGAACGGCCAAGUGAGCGGCUUCAACGAGUUUAUCGCUGGCGCGCUCGCCGGUGCGACCGAAGCCGUCCUCAUCGUGACGCCGUUCGAAGUCGUCAAGACGCGUCUCCAAGGCCAGAACGUCGUCGCGGGCGAAAUCCCCAAGUACCGCGGUCCGCUCCAGACGACGAUGACCAUCAUCAAGAACGAGGGUCCCUUCGCGCUCUGGAAGGGCUGCGCGCCGACGAUCGGUCGCCAGGGUCUCAACCAGGCGUGCUCCUUCUGGUCCAACACGGCGAUCAAGAAGCACGUGUGGAACCUCAACGAGGGCGAGAGCCUCUCGCCGUGGAAGAGCAUGCUCACGGGUAUGCUCGGCGCGAUCCCGGGCCCGUGCAUCAACUGCCCCAUGGACGUCGUCAAGACGCGUCUCAUGGCACAGGACAACGCCAAGGGCACGACGCCCAAGUACAACGGCAUGAUCGACGCCAUGCGCAUCAUCUCGCGGGAAGAAGGCUUCUCGGCGCUCUACAAGGGCCUCGUCCCGCGCCUCACGCGUCUCUGCCCGUCGUACGGUAUCCAGUGGCUCGUCAUGGACCAGGUCUGCGAGUACUUUUCCAAGAACUAGAGCCAUUUCGGCGUAUUAAGUAAUUAGAUUCUUAUAUCACAA